AUGUCCGAAACACGAGACCACGUCUCGGUCCUCAUCGACUCCAGCCUCCACCUGUCUUCCGACUCCCCGAGCAGCCCCACUAUCUUCCGAGUCAACCACGACAUGCGCCACGACAGCGAAAAGCUCUACGACCCGAAAGUUGUCUCGAUCGGCCCGUAUCACCACCAAACAGCCCAUCUCCAGAAAAUGCAGCCGCUCAAGCACACCUACCUUAGGGGUCUGCUCGCACGCCGCGGUGAGUCCACCGUCGACAGAUACGUAGCGGCCGUGAGGCCCCUGGAGGAAAAAGCCCGAAACUCCUACUCGGACCCCAUCGGGCUCAACCCGGACGAGCUUGUGAAGAUUCUUGUGGUCGACGGGCUUUUCGUGGUAGAGCUGCUCCGAAAGAACGGGUUGGACGAGGUGGACCCGAUUUUUCGAUACCAGCAUGUUCCCGUCGUGGUCAAGCGCGACCUGAUGCUCGUCGAGAAUCAGGUCCCGUUUUUCGUGCUCUACCGGCUUUUCGCCAUGACGAGGGGCGAGAACCCGCACGACAACAUUUUUUACCUCGUCCGUUAUUUUGCUGACGACAUUUCGCCGUGGCGGGAGGACUCGGAUUUUCGGAGCACAAGCAAGCCGGUGGAAAAUUACGCUGACGAUCACCUCCACGGCCUCGUCUACAAAAUCUUGUUCGAGAAAAUGAAAUCCGACAAAAAAAAUGUGGAGCAGCAGCAGCAGCAGGAGGAAACAAAGGUCGAGUUCGAAAGGAACAACUGCCUCGACAUCACAUUUGUCAAGAAAAUCUUGUUCAAGAAAAGGAAAGCGGGCCGGCCCGUCGAAGGAAAUUUUAUGACCAUAAAUUCGGCCUCCGAGCUGCAGGAAACAGGGAUCAAGUUCCAACGGAGCACAAGCCCUUUCAUCACAUUCAACAGGGGCGUCCUUAGUAUUCCGAAACUCUACGUGGCAGACGAAACCGAGUCGAUUCUAAAAAAUUUGAUCGUGUACGAGCAGUUUUUCACGGGCGACAGUCCAAAGUACGUGAAGGACUACACAUUCUUCUUACAAUGCCUCGUGAACCAGCCGAAGGAUGUGGAGAUAUUGAGGCAGCACGGGAUUUUGGGAAACUUGUUGGGCGAAGACAAGAUGGUAUGCCCUCUUUUCGGGAGUCUCGGAAGAGAUACCUUGACGUCGCCGUACGAUUUUUACGCGGGUGUUUGCAAGGAGGUGAAUGGAUAUUGCAACCGGCGUGGGAAUAGGUGGAUGGCGGUUUUGAGGCGGGAUUAUUUCAAUAACCCGUGGUCGUUUAUCAAGUUUUGUGCAGCUUCUUUGCUGUUGCUGUUGACGGUGAUUCAGACACUGUUUACUGUCCUGGGUUAUGGGAAUGCGAGGUCGAAUUGA